AAUUCUACAGCUGUUUCCGAACGAAUAGAUUUGUUUUUCUUGUCGUAAGCAAUUAUUAUCAAAAUGGUUAAACUCGGUCUGUUACUUUGUGUGAUGACAACACCCUUGACAGUUUUAGGUGUGAGCACACAAAUGGGACGUCUAUUCCUCUUUAUUCCGAUAAAAAUGCACGAUGAAGGACAACACCUUGCGAUCUUCUUCUUCACCAUGGCCCAUAACAAAGUGUCGGUUAAAGUCACCUUUCCCUGGUAUAAAGGUGAAGAAGAGCACAUCUCUAAACAACCUGACCACCAGACUGUAGAUGUAGACAGAAUGGGGACUUCUAGUUUGAUGCUACAUCAAGAUUACUACAUCAGAGAAAACUGCGGGCCGAGUUUCACGUACAAGUUUGAGGCCACCGACGACUUUGGCAUCAACGUUUUACUGGAGCAGAAUCAAUAUUCAGUGGACACGUUCACAGCCGUGCCGAUCACGGGCUGGGGGAAAACCUAUUACACCAUGCAACUGGAUGAACAGCAGGCCUUUACGGUAGCUAAUGGCGAGACGGAGAACAAAGUUAGCGUCACCUUUAAGUCCUUAAACAAAGACCACAAAGUGGAUUACAAAGGAAAACAGUACAAAGAUGGAGAAACACUGGAGGUCGAUCUGAAAAAGUUUGAAGGAUUUUCCAUUCAGCUGUGCUGGGACAACCGGGAACAGUGGGUCAGGUAG